AUGAUGAACACCUCAGAGGAAUGGAAAUCCUUGUGGCCAAUCUCUUCUGUACACUCACCACCCCUUCUCCUCUCACCUGCCACCACAACUGAUGGUGUCAAAAAAAUUGGGCCUUUGAUCUUUAACCCCUCUCCCAAAUCACAAACCCACAAUCAUCUCUUCACUUCACCUUCUGUUCCUCACAUCCCUCCACCUGUCUCUAAUCUCUCCCUCCCUAGAUUCCUCCAUAAAUCAUCAUCUAUCCUUCCUUCCACAACCACUUCUAUUGCCUCACAACUCUCCUCAUCAUAUUCAAACCCUGAAACACUUCUUGCAUAUAACUCCCUUCAAUUGCUGCGAUGCCCUGGUUCGAAUUCGACUCUUGCAUUCUUUCCCACUGGUUCCAAUUCGGAUAAAAUUGGAUAUAUUAUAUUAUCUGUUAAGAAUUCCCAAUUGAAAGUCAGAGGAGAUCAUGGUGGGACCGAAGCUUUUACCACAAAAAGCGCAUUGAAUCAUCGCAUUGUCAAGAUUUCAGUUAGCCCUCUUGUUGAUUGUGAUUGUAAUCCAGGUGAUUCUACCACCAUUGGGUAUUUGUUGGUUUCAACGAUGUAUUCAGUUCAUUACUAUGAUAUUAGAAUCACAAUGGAGAAUUCUGGUAAAGUAACACCAUUGUUGAAAUUAGUUGCUGAUAACUUGUUCAAAAGAUCUGUAGUUGUGCAUGCUUGUUGGAGUCCACAUUUACCUGAAGAAAGUCUUGUAUUGCUAGAUAAUGGUGAUUUGUUCUUAUUUGAUUUGGAUUCUUCCUCUAGACCCUCACUACCAUCUCCAAAGUUAACAUGUGAAAAAGUCAAAGUUUCAUGGGAUGAGUCUACUGUUUCUGAGAAAGGUGGAUGGUUGAGCUGUGAUUUCAGUUGGCAUCCAAGAGUUCUGAUUGUUGCUCACUCUACUCUAGUUUUUCUUGUUGAUUCACGCCCCGAAAACUGCACUAUCAUUCCUUUAUUGAAACUUGGCAUCGAGCAUGCAACGAGUGAUAGAUUUCUUGCAUUUUCCAUUUCUGCCCCUCAUCGUUUCCAUUUCACAUUGGCAUCCACUCACACAGUUUUCCUUUGUGAUAUAAGAAAACCGAUGAUUCCACUUCUACGUUGGACACAUUAUCUUGCUAACCCAAGCUACAUUAUUGUUUCAAGUUUAUCCAAAUUUAGGUCACAAUCUGAGGAUACUACAUACAAUUGGGCUUCUGAAUCAGGUUACGCCGUUUUAUUAGGGUCUUUUUGGAACUGUGAAUUUAGUCUUUUUUGCUAUGGACCAGAUGUUAGAACACCUUCUUCUUCUUCUUCUGGUGAUUCUUUUUAUGCAUGGGGACUCCCUUCUGAUCUUUCUCUACUCCCUAAUGAAUGUCGUUGUGGUAGUUGCAUUGUGAAAGAGGAAUUCUCUAAGGAUAGGCUUCCUAGUUGGAUCAAUUGGCAACAAAAGAAAGAAUUUGUUUUAGGGUUUGGGAUUCUUGAUAGUGAAAUCUCUUCUCAGUUGUUUGAACCUGAUGGGUUUGGUGGGUUUACUCUAAUUACAUUAACGUCCUCAGGGAAUCUUGAAUCACAUAGAUAUUGUGCUUCAUGGGAUUAUUCUACACAAGCUUCAGAAAAUGGGCAUGAAAAACACUCUCUGGAUUUAGAAGAUUCUUUUCUGUAUGAAACAGGUGAAGAGGAUUACAAGUUUAAAAAGCAAUUUCAGUAUUUGAAACUUGAUUGGCUUGAUGGAUACUUGAAAUCUGAUCUUUCCAGAAUCUUGAGUAGAGAACUAGUUAAGAACCUGAAUAAAGAAACCCAAAAAAACCUCUCUUUUGGUGAUGAUUUUCAUGAAGUUAUAUGCCAAAAGAUUAAGACUUUUAGUUGUGGUGGAUCUUUAAAUAUUCAUGAUGUGUUUCGUGAUGUUAGCUUGCCAACUAGCAUACAUGAGAUUGCUUUAAGAAGGAUGUGGGCAAAUCUACCCAAGAAAUAUUUACGAUUUGGGUUCUCUACUUAUUCAAAUCUGCCAGAUUUACCCAUGAAACUAAAACAUUUACCUUUAGAGUUUUUGGAAGUUCCAUGUCAUCAAUCUCAUCUACCUCCUUUUUUCUUUCGAUCUCCUUCAUUUCGAAGUAGUAAGUGGUCAGACAAGAAAAAGCCCAGUACUUCUUUAGUGGGACCCGUUGUUCCAAUCCCAUUUUUGCUAACUUUUCAUAAAACCCACAUGUUAAAAGCUGAUAACAUGUCUGCUGAUAUUGAAAUCGAUAGAGAGUGUGAUGAAGUAAUGAAGGUUGCUAAUGAAGUCAUUGCAUCAGAAUCAGAAUCCGAAACAUUUAAUGUCACUGCUGUUUCACUUGCUGAUGAUAAUGAAGAUGUGUUAUAUGGUUCUCAGAAUCAAGAAAUGUUUGGGUCUUAUAAGUUGAAAAUGGAGUAUUCUGUGUUUGAGGAUGAGAAGCAUACGAAAGUUGUUUUUAAAUUUGGUCAAAAGGAUGUGAAAGAGAUUUUUGACUCGAGUUGCCCUUUGAAAUUUAAAUUUGAUGAAGAAGUUACGAGUUUUGGGCCAAAAGAAAUGAAGUCGUACAAGUUACUUAAGAGACAAUAUUCCAAUUUCAAAGAAAGUUUUAGUUGUUAUCAAGACUACAUGGCUAAAUCUAAUAUCCAAAAGUAA